AAAUCUGAAAUAGUUUUGUAAAGGGUGGCGCUUUAAGUCGGUCCGGUUUUUGAAGAAAUAUGGCGGAUGUUGAGUUAAUGAAAGCACUGAAAGAUCUGCCAAAUCGAGUUCAAACCGCUAGCAAAACAGAGCGGCGAGAGAUUCUGCAAAAUGUCGCCAAUGUGUUGUCAAACCCUGGCAUCAAUGAGAAGAUUGUUAAUGGAAUUUGCAAAACUAUAUCUCUCACGUUACACAGAUAUAAGGACACAACUUCCCAAUCUUACGUGAAAGAUCUAAUUGUGGAAUUAUUGAAGAAACAAACUGAGGCUACAGUAAAACAUAUGACAAAUGUGAUUGUAGAACAAGCUGCAUGGCAUAAGGCUGUAGUUCCUACUUUAAAUACUGCUUUAACUGCAUACCUUGCAUUAAAAUGGUCGAGAUUAAUCAUUCUACAUGGACAUAAAAACAAUACAGACAUUAAUACAGAAUUACCAAAGCUAAUUGAGGCACAAGCUGAUUUAAGUGCAGCAGCUUUGGCAUCCAUGGAUGUAAAACUCGCAGAUAAAGUAUAUACAUUAUUAGCACAUCAGUGGUCAAGUAUUAAAAAUAUAGAAACAUCAUAUGUGGAAACACUGGCAAAAUUGGAAGUUGGAAAUGGUGUAAUUGUUCUUGCCAGUUUACUUACAAAAUACUUAGUUAACGCAAAGAAAAGUGAACUUGUAGGAAAACUAAAGUUGCACAUCAUAGAUGGUUUUAUAAAAGCUACUAUUAGCUGCAAGAAAAAACCAGAUUUAUAUGUUGUUGAUACUGCUGUACCUCUUCUGCGUAGAAUAAAUCAUGACGAAUUUAAGAGUCAAUUACUGCCAGCUUUACAAAAAGCUAUGUUAAGAAAUCCAGAGAUCAUUAUUGAAUCUGUUGGUCACAUUCUCAGUGGUCUGAGUCUUGAUUUAAGUCAGUAUAGUCAAGAAAUAAGUAAAGGACUAUUUGCAAAUUUACAUUCUAAAGAAGAUUUUGUUAGAGAUGAAGCUGUUGGAGCUUGUCGAAGACUUGCUCUACAAUGUUCAGAUACUACUGCUUUGGAAAAUUUACUGACAUCUGUAUUUGCUGUAUUCCAUGGAUCAGAAGGAAAGUUGACUGUUGCAACUCAUAAGAUUUCUGUUUUACAAGGAGCCGGUAAUCUUAGUUACAAUGCAGCUUCGGGCAGUGGUGUUCAAAGAUUGGCGGAAACAGCUUGCAAACACUUCAUAAAAGUUUUAGAAUCCGAGGUUCAUGAGAAAACUUUAAUUCAUGCUCUUGAGAUGAUGGCUUUAUGGUCCAACAAGUUCGUAAACAAUGUUCCAAAAAGUGUAAUAGAUGCAUUUAAGGAAGGAAUGAAUGCCAAGACCUCGACUUCUGCUGUGCGCAUUGCUUAUAUUAAACUUCUUUUUUCUGCACCUGUAGUUUGUUAUUCUGGAAUAAUAACACCAUUACUUACGCAAUCAGUAAUAAGAGCUAUGCAGCAAAGUACUCAACCAGCUGCGGUAACUGAAGGUUUAGUAGCGGUUCAUUUGCUACUGAAAUUUGUCCUUGCCAAUCAAGUGGAAAAUGAUAAACAGACUACACUGUGGAAUGCAAUUGAUGAUCAAAUAUUUUUUUCAGAGAAAUUUUUAUCAGCAUGUGGGGAUGAUAUUUUAUAUUAUCUUAUGUUACUUUGUGAAAGACUUAUUACAGACUUUGCUGACAGAUUAAAUGAAAAGGCUUUGAAUGGUGUUUAUAAAGCAGUUGCAAUAUGUGCAACAGCUCCAAAGUCCAAUAUUAGGAAACGAUGUUUCCCAUUUGUUAAAAAGAUUGUAACUGGUUUGAGUACAACUAGUCCUGCACAAGAGCUAUUAGUGGAAUAUAAUAAAUUUGUAGAGACUGUAAAAAUAAAAUCUGAAACUGAUAAAGAAAAUAAAGAAGAUUCUUCCACUGGAGAAAUAACUGGUAGGUGUCUUGCAGAUGGAUUACUUGCUAUUUGUUCAGGUUCUUUUUCGUUUGAAUUACCUGCUAUGCAAAUGACAAGGGAUGCAUUGAUACCAUCACAUCAUCCUGCAGUUUUUAAAGCUAUGCCAAAUUUGUGGUUUAAAAUUGUAAAGAAUUAUAAUCUUAUACCGAAAGAUUUUCUAUGCUCUUUUAAUACCGAAAUUAAAAAACUGCUGGUACAGAACUUCAAACCUAAUGCCAGUUAUGAAAAUGCUCUAACAAAAGUGGUAUCAAUUGUACCAGACAUUAUAUUGCCUACAAUAGUAUCAAAUGUUACAAGUAAACUCGAUGAUCCAGAGAUUUUAAGAGUCACUAAAGAUGAAUAUUUCACGUACCUCACUCCAGAGGGUGAGUUGUACGACAAAAGUGUAUUACCGGCAAAUGAUGAGAAUGAUAUUCUUAACUCGAUGAAUAUGAAAAGAGAGAGUAAAGCAUAUUCAUUCAAAGAACAACAGGAGGAGCUUCAACUUAGACGAGAAUUAUACGAACAAAGAAAGAAAGAAGGAAAAAUAAAAGAACCGAAAUUAACACCCAAACAAGAGGAAAUUCUUAAAACGCAAUUGACAAAAGAAACUGCAAUUCGCAAAAAACUCACUGAAUUUAAAUGUAGAAUAGAUAAUGCUGUAUCUCUUGUUAUGUGUUCAAUUAAAGGGAAUGGACAAGAACUUUCUUUUUAUUUGAAAGAUCUUUUGCCACCAAUUUUGAAGAAUUUGGAGUCACCAUUAGCUGCUCCUGCAAUGUCUGAUCUAUAUAUUUGCUUGCAAAAUAUAGUAAAGAUCGGCAGUAACCCAAUGUUAAGUACCUUAGUAUCACACAUCACGUUACGACAAUUACAACCACAGUGUGAUCUGGAUCCAGCUUGGGAAGAAGAAAACCUUGAUACAGCAGUAAAGAGGACCUUAAAUCUUUUACACACAACUACGAUAAAACAAAAAAAAUUAUUUACUGCUCCUGCAUUUUGUUAUAUUUUUCCGUUUAUAAAGAAAACCUUGUUAUCUUAUAAAGAUGAUGGUAUGAUUGUUCAAGGAUUACAGAUAAUACAGGAACAUGCCAAGCAAAGAGGGGAUUCGUUAGACUUAAAAGACAUGAGGCAUCCUCGAUUAUUGCCCAGUAAACACAUGUUUGAUUUAUUAAUAGAAUUAAUGGAAAUAACAACUGGAAGAGUACAGACACAUGCUGUUGCAACCUUAUUAGAUGUUGCUCAAUCUGGUAGUGGUCAACCAGGCACUGCAUUAGCCACUAGUGAGGAUAUAGAUUCCUUAAUUGGAGCUUUACAAAAUUCCUUAUCUACAAUAAGGGAUGCAGCCCUAAGAGCAUUAACAGUCGUAAAACAAGCUUUCCCAUCUCAAAAAGAAGAACCUGUACAAUUAUUUCACCUUAUUAGGAGAAUAUGGGUAGCCAGGUUUGAUGUUUGUGAUGAAAAUAAAGUUCUGGCUAAUGAGUUAUGGCACUCAGCAGAAUUAGUAGUGCAUGCUGAUUCUCUUGCUAAUGAACUCAUUCAAGAUGUUGCACAUCCUGUAGAGCCUAUACAACAAGCUGCUGCCUGUGCUUUGGCACAAUGUUUAUCUAAUGUUUCCCAUUUGGUGCCGACAAUUUUGGAUAGAUUAUUACAGCUUUAUCAAGAUAAAUUAGCUAUGAUUCCACCAAAAUUAAACGAUUUUGGUCGUGUGGUUGAGCAACCUAUUGAUACUUGGGGACCAAGACGAGGUGUUGCACUUGCAUUGGCUCAAUUAGCAUCCCUUCUUAGUGCUGAAACAGUACUUAAACUUGUGCAAUUCUUUGUUUCAACCGGCUUGGGCGAUAGGAAUCAGGCUGUUCGCACGGAAAUGUUGACUGCUGCUGUAGCUGUUGUUGACCUUCAUGGCAAAGCAAACAUAACGUCUUUAUUGCCUAUUUUUGAGGAGUUCAUGGACAAAGCUCCAAAGAUCGGUAGUUUUGAUUCGAUUAAACAGUCAGUUGUUAUCCUUAUGGGAUCGUUAGCGAGACAUUUAGACAAAGAUGAUCCACGUAUUAAACCUAUUGUCAUGCGAUUAAUCGCAGCUCUUUCUACUCCAUCUCAACAAGUCCAAGAAGCAGUGGCUAAUUGUUUACCGCAUCUUGUACCUUCCAUUAAGGAAGACGCUCCAAAAAUUGUGGACAAUUUGAUGGAUCAAUUAUUGAAGUCAGACAAAUAUGGUGAACGUAAAGGCGCGGCUUAUGGCUUAGCAGGUAUAAUCAAGGGUAUGGGAAUACUCGCGCUGAAACAGCUUGAUAUUAUGACCACAUUAACUAAUGCCAUUCAGGAUAAAAAAAACUACAGGCAUCGAGAAGGAGCAUUGUUCGCAUUUGAAAUGUUAUGUACAAUGCUUGGCAGAUUGUUUGAACCUUAUAUCGUUCAUGUACUACCGCAUUUGCUGUUGUGUUUUGGUGAUUCGAGUCAGUAUGUCAGAGCAGCUACAGAUGACACAGCUCGAGUGGUAAUGAGUAAACUUUCUGCGCACGGUGUAAAACUUGUUCUACCCAGUUUACUAGCAGCAUUGGAAGAAGACUCAUGGAGAACCAAAACUGGGUCAGUUGAACUGCUGGGUGCAAUGGCAUAUUGUGCUCCAAAGCAAUUAAGUAGUUGUUUACCAAGUAUAGUUCCAAAACUUAUCGAGGUCCUCAGUGAUUCGCAUACUAAAGUUCAGGAAGCUGGUGCAGAAGCACUUAAAGUUAUUGGAAGUGUAAUUCGUAAUCCGGAGAUUCAAGCUAUUGUACCAGUCUUAUUGAAAGCUUUACAAGAUCCUUCCCAUAAAACAGCUACUUGUCUACAGACUCUAUUGGACACACAAUUUGUGCAUUUUAUCGAUGCCCCGUCAUUGGCUCUUAUUAUGCCUGUGGUACAAAGAGCAUUUUUAGAUCGUUCUACGGAAACAAGAAAAAUGGCUGCUCAAAUUAUUGGAAAUAUGUAUUCAUUGACAGAUCAGAAAGAUUUAACUCCAUAUCUGCCAACAAUUAUCCCUGGGCUGAAAACAAGUUUAUUGGAUCCUGUACCAGAAGUACGAAGUGUGUCUGCAAGGGCAUUAGGUGCUAUGGUACGAGGAAUGGGUGAAUCUAGUUUUGAAGAUUUGCUUCCAUGGUUAAUGCAAACACUUACGUCUGAAACAAGUAGUGUAGACCGGUCAGGUGCUGCGCAGGGUCUUUCAGAAGUUGUGCGAGGACUUGGCGUUGAAAAACUUCACAAACUGAUGCCCGAGAUUAUUAGUACUGCCGAAAGAACAGACAUAGCUCCUCAUGUCAAGGAUGGUUAUAUCAUGAUGUUUAUUUAUAUGCCAAGCGCAUUUACAACAGAAUUUACACCUUACAUCGGACAAAUCAUUAAUCCUAUUUUAAAGGCUUUGGCUGAUGAAAAUGAAUACGUACGUGAGACUGCUCUUAGAGCUGGUCAACGUAUCGUUACUCUCUACGCAGAUUCUGCAAUUAUGUUAUUGUUACCAGAAUUGGAGAAAGGACUUUUUGAUGAUAAUUGGCGUAUAAGGUAUUCCUCGGUGCAGUUACUUGGAGAUUUAUUAUAUCGAAUUUCUGGUGUCUCGGGAAAAAUGUCAACAGAAACGGCUAGUGAGGAUGAUAAUUUUGGAACUGAACAGUCACAUUAUGCCAUUAUUAAUGCUCUCGGUGCAGAAAGACGAAAUCGGGUGUUGGCUGGAUUAUACAUGGGUAGAUCAGAUGUUGCAUUAAUGGUACGUCAAGCUGCUCUUCACGUAUGGAAGGUUGUAGUAACAAAUACUCCAAGAACAUUAAGAGAAAUAUUACCAACGUUGUUUACACUUCUGCUCGGUUGUUUGGCUAGUACAAGUUAUGAUAAGAGACAAGUGGCAGCACGAACAUUAGGAGAUCUUGUUAGAAAAUUAGGUGAAAGAGUAUUACCAGAAAUUAUACCUAUUUUAGAAAAGGGUCUUCAAAGUGAUCAAGCUGAUCAACGUCAAGGUGUAUGUAUUGGCUUAUCAGAAAUUAUGGCAAGCAAAAAUAAAGAUAUGGUAUUAACUUUCGUGAUCAGUUUAGUGCCAACAGUGAGGAAAGCAUUAUGUGAUCCGUUACCUGAAGUCCGGCAAGCAGCAGCAAAAACUUUUGAUGGUUUGCAUUCGACAGUAGGUGUUAGAGCAUUAGAUGAUAUAUUACCAGCCAUGUUAACACAAUUGAAUUCACCGGAUCCAGCAGAAGCAGAGAACACGUUAGACGGUUUGCGCCAAGUAAUGGCGAUCAAGUCUCGAGUUGUUUUGCCAUAUCUAGUACCUCAGUUAACUACUCCUCCCGUUAAUACAAAAGCAUUAUCAAUUCUGGCAAGUGUUGCGGGUGAAGCACUGACAAGGUUUCUUCAUAAAAUCCUGCCAGCUUUGUUAACCGCUUUAUCUAGUGCUCAAGGAACACCUAAUGAAGUUCAGGAAUUGGAAUACUGUCAAACAGUUAUUUUAUCUGUUACGGACGAGGUUGGUGUUCGAACUGUUAUGGAUCAGCUUAUGGAAGCUACUAGAGCAGAAGAUCCAUCUAGACGACGAAGUGCAGCCACUUUAUUGUGCGCUUUCUGCAGAGAUACUCGAGCAGAUUAUAGUCAAUAUGUUCCUCAGUUACUACGAGGACUUAUUCACUUAUUUACAGAUGAUGACAAAGAUGUACUGCAAAUGAGUUGGGAAGCACUUACAGCUGUUACUAAAGUGAGUAUUUUUAUUUUAUGUACAGGUAAUGCCUGUAUAAUAACUUCUAAUGCUCAUAUUCAUUUGCAGACUUUAACGUCAGAACAACAGAUUGCUCAUGUACAAGAUAUCAGGCAGGCUGUUCGAUUUGCAGUAUCAGAUUUAAAGGGCCAAGAAUUAUUGCCUGGAUUUUGUUUACCAAAAGGAAUUACACCGAUUCUUCCAAUAUUCAGGGAAGCUAUAUUAAAUGGUUUGCCAGAAACAAAAGAACAAGCAGCUCAAGGAUUAGGAGAAGUUAUAAAAUUAACCAGCGCAUCAGCAUUACAACCAAGCGUUGUGCACAUCACAGGACCAUUGAUUCGAAUUCUUGGAGAUCGUUUUAAUUGGAGCGUCAAAGCAGCUGUUUUAGAAACGCUUGCAAUAUUACUUGGCAAGGUUGGAGUGAUGUUGAAACAGUUCUUGCCGCAAUUGCAAACCACUUUCUUGAGAGCAUUAAAUGAUAGUAAUCGGCAAGUGAGAUUAAAAGCCGCUUACGCUUUAAGCAAUCUCAUUGUGAUCCAUACUCGUGUUGAUCCAUUGUUUACAGAACUUCAUACUGGCAUCAAAACCGGCGACGAUCCAGCGAUUAGGGAGACGAUGUUACAAGCUCUGCGAGGUGUUCUGACACCGGCUGGUGACAAAAUGACAGAACCGAUGAAGAAACAAGUAUUUGCUACUUUAACAAGCAUGCUUGGUCACUCCGAAGAUGUUACAAGGAACUCAGUAGCGGGUUGUUUUGGAGCGUUGUUACGGUGGCUCAGCCCAGAACAGCUUGCAGUUGCAUUAAAUGAUCACUUGUUAUGUAAUGAUGCUAGUGUCGAGUGGACGCUUAGGCAUGGACGUUCUGCAGCAUUAUUCGUCGCGCUAAAAGAAUCACCAACAACAUUAUAUAAUAGUAAAGAAACGGAUCGUGUAUAUGCAGUUAUACUUUCGUAUUUAGCAGCGGAUCGAGUACAAAUAGUUAUGAAUGGAGUACGAGCUUGCGGUUAUUUGUUUCAAUAUCUUAUGAAUGAAGGACAACCUAUACCUCAACAAAUCUUGUCUCCUUUUGUGAGGUCCAUGAAUAAUAAUAGCAAUGAUGUAAAACAAUUAUUGGCUAGAGUUUGUAUACAUCUGGCUCGUAACAUACCACCUGAAAAAAUGUCACCUGAAUUACUUAAAUCGCUUCUUCCUAUGCUUGUAAAUGGAACAAAAGAGAAAAAUGGUUAUGUGAAAGCUAACAGUGAACUUGCUCUCAUCGCAGUACUUAGACUGAGACAAGGUGAAGAAGAACAUUUGCGUUGCAUGACAUUUUUGGACGCCGGAGCAAGGGAAUCCCUAUCGGAUGUAGUCAGCAAAGUAUUACGCAAAGUUCUUUCUCAGCCCGAAUGUAAAAUGGAAGAAUUAGAUGAUACCUUACUUACGUGAGGGAUGUUGUACGUCCUGGGGCUCAUUACAUGCUGCAUCCCAUCUAAUAAUCGUACUAUCCAUCAUUAUUCAAUCGAUUUUUAUAAAGAGACUUACUGUUCGUGUACUAGUUCCUUAAUAAAACAGUUAGAUCAGUCAACAUUGUAUCUCGAUAAUCAAUUAAAUAAUGUAAAACGUAACAAUCACUCAGUGGAAUUUAUGUUACUUAAAUUAAGGUGUCCCGCAUACCAAAUAAUUCGAAUAAUAAUUCUAGAUAUUUCUGCGCAAAAUAGUUCUUAUGACCGUCGUAAUAAUGAUACCAUCAUUCACAAUUUUAUUGUCAUUGUACGAAAGUCGUUUCCAAAAAAGCCAAUUUUUGUAAGCGAAACAAUAGGAACUAGUGAUGCAAAAUGCAUUUACAAAAAAUACCAAAAUCACGAAGACGUGUCGAGAAAUGAUGGAAACAUCAAUAGCAUUCGCUACACAUUCACUUUCUACAUGAUUUAUUUUGGUAUCCGCAGCACGUAUUACGAUGGAAGAUAAUUUAUUUUGUUCAUAUAGAUGUUCGAACGUUUUUCAGUGGAAUUACACGGCUGUUUGAUAUUCCAUGAAAAAAAUGAAUAUUGGCCAGCCCUAAUUUAAAAAUAAGCGAACCGAUAAAACAUUCAAUAUCAAGAAUUCUAAUAGUGCCACGCUCUGUCGUCGUAUAGACACGAUGCAUUAUCUUGUAUUGUAGUUAUAUACAUCGAUAUAUAGUUUAUAUUUUAGAAUUACGUAUAGAGAUUGUUGAGUCGGCUUGAGCCGUUCCAUAAUGACGCGAUACUUCUAGAUCCGUGAUCAAAGCGUCUGCGACCUCAAUUGUAACUUGUUUUAAACGUGAGACCUUAGCUCGCCUUUCAGUUCGAUUAAUAUCACUGUUCAUAAUUUACGAGUGCGCGUAUUCUGUACAUACAUAUUUCCUAUUAUACGUUAUAAUUUAGUAAAAGAAAUGUAUGCACUUUGUACUUUUGUAUGUAAGAUUCUGAAAUGCCAGAUAAACGCAUACUCCUCUUGACGUCAAGUCAAAUCUUUGUACUCUGGUUUUCUAAGUAUUUCUUUAACGAAACACUGUUUUCCGUAAAAACAAUUAUCUGGAAAUAUUGUUUAAUUUAUUCGAAGUCGAAGUGACAAAUAAAAAAGAAUGGUAACAUAAAUGUAAUACGUGCGAACAAGUUAGUCCUCCCAUUGUUAACCGAACAAUCUUGUGACGAAAAUAUCUUUAGAACAUAAUUUUUCAAACUUCUUCAAACAUUUCAAAGCCAUAUAUCGCAAUCCGUUAACAGUGUAUUUAAUCAUGUUCCAUGUAAGACGCAAACAGACGAUAAUGUGAUGGACCAGAAGUAAUGCGUGAUCACUGUAUUUUAAGUGAAAAGAGUUACAUCUUGUAAGCGAUUUAGUCGCAUUCUGUUGUUUCUCUUUUUAAGCCCCGGGAUUUGUAGGACAACGUUUCGCGCUGUACGUGCAGAAGUUCAAAUUUCAUUAUAUCGAUCUUUAUAUAAUGAUAUGUCAUUGAUUCACUCAUUUCAAAACCAAAAAUUUCGUUAUUGCUCGCUUAAGACUGAACUGUUCCAUCCGUGGCCGCAACGAAAGCCAACUGCCACACAUUUUUUACUUUUAUGAUGUUUAAUGGAUCAAUUUCCUACUUCCACUUCUUGCAAAAUUGAAUGUUUCUGUAUCCGACUCAUUAUAGAGUUAGUUUUACUACAACAACACAAAUCCUGCUCACGUUAUUUUGGCCAAUUGAUAUUCAUACGUCCAAGAACUCAUCAAGAACAUUAAUAAUUUCAAAAUUAAACAGUUUAUUUGAAUCGCAUAGCUUGCAUUUCAGUUUC